AUGUCGUCGCUGUUGCGCCGCAAGCUACUCCAUGCCCUCGACUACGCCACAAGCCUAACACGCCGCCGCGUGAUAGCCGGCAAAUCUAGCGUCAAGGCCGCCGCCUUCUUCGCCUGUAUGCACGUCUGCAUCAGUGCUCGCCGCGCCUCGCAGAAGCACGCCCUCGUCGUCGCCGACACGGUGCGCACUGCCCUUGCCAAAUGCUAUGCCGCUCUUGAGGCACGCCUACGUGGGCCGAUCGGCUCCGGCCUUGUAUAUGCCGGUGGCUCGGCCACGUCCAGCGUAGAACGACAGCUAGGUGACAGCGGCGAUGGCUCGGACCCUUGGGACACCCUGCCUUGGGAGGACGACGCCGGCUUUUUAUAUCAAGUAGUGCGGGUGAAGAAGCAUGUUUCGGGUUUCCAAAUCGCCUUCAAGGCGGCAAAGAUGACAUUGGGAUCAAGUCACAGUAGUUAG